AUGCCGGCCAUGCGGGGGCUCCUGGCGCCGCAGAACACCUUCCUGGACACCAUCGCCACGCGCUUCGACGGCACGCACAGUAACUUCGUGCUGGGCAAUGCCCAGGUGGCGGGGCUCUUCCCUGUGGUCUACUGCUCUGAUGGCUUCUGUGACCUCACGGGCUUCUCCCGGGCUGAAGUCAUGCAGCGGGGCUGUGCCUGCUCCUUCCUCUAUGGCCCGGACACCAGUGAGCUCGUCCGCCAGCAGAUCCGCAAGGCCCUGGACGAGCACAAGGAGUUCAAGGCCGAGCUGAUCCUUUACCGGAAGAGUGGACUCCCAUUCUGGUGUCUGCUGGAUGUGAUACCCAUCAAGAAUGAGAAGGGGGAGGUGGCCCUCUUCCUGGUCUCUCACAAGGACAUCAGCGACAUCAAGAACCGAGGGGGCCCUGACAAAUGGAAAGAGACAGGUCGCCGGCGCCGAUAUGGCCGGGCAGGAGCCAAAGGCUUCAAUGCCAACCGGCGGCGGAGCCGGGCUGUGCUCUACCACCUGUCUGGGCACCUGCAGAAGCAACCCAAGGGCAAGCACAAGCUCAAUAAGAAGGUGUUUGGGGAGAAGCCAAACUUGCCUGAAUACAAAGUAGCCGCCAUCCGGAAGUCCCCUUUCAUCCUGCUGCACUGCGGGGCGCUGAGGGCCACUUGGGACGGCUUCAUCCUGCUCGCCACCCUCUACGUGGCUGUCACGGUGCCCUACAGCGUGUGUGUGAGCACGGCCCGGGAGCCCAGCGCCGCCCGCGGGCCCCCCAGCGUCUGCGACCUGGCCGUGGAGGUCCUCUUCAUUCUCGACAUCGUGCUGAACUUCCGGACCACCUUCGUGUCCAAGUCGGGCCAGGUGGUGUUCGCCCCCAAGUCCAUUUGCCUCCACUACGUGACCACCUGGUUCCUGCUCGACGUCAUCGCGGCCCUGCCCUUUGACCUGCUGCAUGCCUUCAAGGUCAACGUGUACUUCGGGGCCCACCUGCUGAAGACGGUGCGGCUGCUGCGCCUGCUGCGCCUGCUCCCGCGGCUGGACCGCUACUCGCAGUACAGCGCCGUGGUGCUGACCCUGCUCAUGGCCGUGUUCGCCCUGCUCGCCCACUGGGUGGCCUGCGUCUGGUUCUAUAUCGGCCAGCAGGAGAUCGAGAGCAGCGCGUCCGAGCUGCCCGAGAUAGGCUGGCUGCAGGAGCUGGCCCGCCGCCUGGAGACCCCCUACUACCUGGUGGGCCGGAGCCCGGCUGUAGCGAACAGUUCCGGCCAGAGUGACAACUGCAGCAGCGAGGCCAACAGCACGGGGCUGGAGCUCCUGGGCGGCCCGUCACUGCGCAGUGCCUACAUCACCUCCCUCUACUUCGCGCUCAGCAGCCUCACCAGCGUGGGCUUCGGCAACGUGUCUGCCAACACGGACACGGAGAAGAUCUUCUCCAUCUGCACCAUGCUCAUCGGGGCCCUGAUGCACGCAGUGGUGUUUGGGAACGUGACGGCCAUCAUCCAGCGCAUGUACGCCCGCCGCUUUCUGUACCACAGCCGCACCCGCGACCUGCGCGACUACAUCCGCAUCCACCGCAUCCCCAAGCCCCUCAAGCAGCGCAUGCUCGAGUACUUCCAGGCGACCUGGGCCGUGAACAACGGCAUCGACACCACAGAGCUGCUGCAGAGCCUUCCUGAUGAGCUUCGGGCAGACAUCGCCAUGCACCUGCACAAGGAGGUCCUGCAGCUGCCGCUGUUCGAGGCGGCCAGCCGGGGCUGCCUGCGGGCGCUGUCCCUGGCCCUGCGGCCCGCCUUCUGCACGCCGGGCGAGUACCUCAUCCACCAGGGCGACGCCCUCCAGGCCCUCUACUUCGUCUGCUCCGGCUCCAUGGAGGUGCUCAAGGGUGGCACCGUGCUUGCCAUCCUAGGGAAGGGCGAUCUGAUCGGCUGUGAGCUGCCCCGGCGUGAGCAGGUGGUCAAGGCCAAUGCCGACGUGAAAGGGCUGACGUACUGCGUCCUGCAGUGUCUGCAGCUGGCUGGGCUGCACGAAAGCCUGGCACUGUACCCCGAGUUUGCCCCUCGCUUCAGCCAGGGCCUCCGAGGGGAGCUCAGCUACAACCUGGGUGCCGGCGGAGGCCCCACGGAGGUGGACACCAGCUCCCUGAGUGGCGACAACACCCUCAUGUCCACGCUGGAGGAGAAGGAGACAGAUGGGGAGCAGGGCCCCGCGGCCUCACCGGCCCCCGCUGACGAACCCUCCAGCCCCCUGCUGUCCCCAGGCUGCACCUCCUCAUCCUCAGCCGCCAAGCUGCUGUCCCCGCGCCGAACUGCACCCCGGUCCCGUCUAGGUGGCAGAGGGCGGCCAGGUAGGGCGGGGGCGGAAGCUGGCCCCUCUGCACACCCUCGGAGCUUAGAGGGGCUGCAGCUGCCCCCUGUGCCAUGGAAUGUGCCCCCGGACCUGAGCCCCAGGGUAGUAGAUGGCAUUGAGGAUGGCUGUGGCUCCGACCAACCCAAAUUCUCCUUCCGCAUGGGGCAGUCAGCCCCGGAAUGUAGCAGCUCUUCCUCCCCUGGACCAGAGAACAGCCUGCUUACCCUCCCCCUCGGACCCAGUGAGGCGAGUAACACAGACACGCUGGACAAGCUUCGGCAGGCUGUGACGGAGCUGUCUGAGCAGGUGCUGCAGAUGCGGGAGGGACUGCAGUCCCUGCGCCAGGCCGUGCAGCUCCUCCUGGCGUCCCAUGGGGAGGGCCCGUGCCCUCAGGCACCAGGAGAAGGGCCACGCCCAGCCGGCACCUCUGGACUCCUGCAGCCUCUGUGUGUGGACACGGGGGUGUCUUCCUACUGUCUGCAGCCCCCAGCUGGUUCUGUCUUGAGUGGGACUUUGCCCCACCCUCGUCCUGAGGCCCCUCCCCUCAUGGCACCCUGGCCUUGGGGUCCCCCAGCAUCUCAGAGCUCCCCCUGGCCUCAAACAACAGCUUUUUGGACCUCCACCUCUGACUCAGAGCCACCAGGCUCAGAACUCCGCCCAGAGCCCAGCACCCCCGGCUCGCCGCCUCCUGAGGAAGAGGCGAGGACUGAGCCCCUGGAUCCUGGGAGCCAGGCCGAGGCUGCCAGCACUGGAGAGCCCCCGCCAGGGUCAGGGGGCCUGGCCUUGUCCUGGGAACCCCACAGCCUAGAGAUGGUGCUUAUUGGCUGCCACGGCCCUGGCACGGUCCAGUGGACCCAGGAAGAAGGCACAGGGGUCUGA